GCUCCCCGUGGACCCCCGCCUGGCCGCCGGCGGACCCCUUCAGCGCCUGCACGCUCAGGGCCAGUCCGACCCCCAGAGCUUUCCAGGCCGGCAGUGCGGGUGGGCGGGGAGCGGAGGACACAUGACGGUUCGAGAGCUGAAGGGUGGGGGUCGGGCGCGGCCACCCACGACACACCCAUCCAGGGGACCUGCCCUCGCCAUGGCCUCCGCAGGAGAUGGGGUGUGGGGAGGCGGAUGAGACCCUGGAGGCCAGGCGCUCCCUCUGCGCUCCCUCCUAUCGCUUUGUGACCUUGGGGGCCUCAUCUGGGUCUUUCCUCUUCUGCAAAUGGAGGCCCCAGUGGGCAGCUUUGUGCUGCGCCCUUGACUGCCGGCGUGGCUGGGGGGACCCAUCCCGGGUUUGGAUGGUGUCUGGGCUGUCCUGUGUGGCAUGUGAGGUGCGGUGAUAGGAGCGGGCCUUCGGGCAUGGGAAGUAGGGCUUCGUGGAGGGCUGAUGGGUAGGGAAAGGAGAGGCGUGCAGGUACCGGACAGGCUGGGCCCCUGCUGUACCUGUGUGGGGAGCCUUUAACACGUGAGAUGGCUUAACAGGUGUUGGUUGGUCUAGGGAGCUGACAGGAGUGAUAAGGCUGUCGUGGGGGACUGGAAGGCCACCAUGGGUAGGGGCUAACCCAGGAGAGUAACCAAAAAAAACAAACCCAGUGCUGUCGAGUGGAUUCCGACUCAUAGUGACCCUAUAGGACAGAGUAGAACUGCCCCAUAGAGUUUCCAAGGAGCACCUGGGGGAUUCAAACUGCCGACCCUUGGGUUAGCAGCCAUAGCACUUAACCACUACACCACCAGGGUUUCCCACCCAGGAGAGUAAGGGGAGCCUUAUUCGUGGACAGUGAGAGUCCUGUGGUCGGGCAGGAAGGCUUGUUGAAGAAGAACAGCAGGGUGUGGUCCAUGAGCUCCCCCAAGAAGGAAAGAAGGAGUCUAGAUAUGUGUGUACCCCACACAUCUCCACCCACUCCCCUGCCUGGAUUUGGGACUUUGGUGGAGAGUUUCUCACAGUUUUCAAACUUCGCCACUUCUUCCAGUCAUUGUCUUCCUCCUGUCUCCCCUUGGGGGUGUCUUGUCACCACCAGUCUGUAUGUCUGCACCACUGCCAGUGGACAGGAGGGUCUCAGUAGCCCAGAGUUUAUGCUGAACCUUACAUGACCCCUGGAGACUCUGACCUGGGGAAGGGAGUGAAGUGCAUUUCAGGUGGGCUGGCGGGCUGGAAAAAAGAGGGAGACUGUGGGUCUGAGGAGCUUGUCCAAUACCCAUCUGGCCAUGGGAGAGACCCAGGGCCCCAGGGAUAUGACCAUGAACUCUGCCCUGAUGCUAUUCCGAGUCCCAGGUUGGGGUGCAGUCCGGGGGAGUGUGGCGUGUCUGCUGCGCCCAGGCCCCUGGUCCAUCUGUGGCUGACUGCUGACCUCUGUCAGCAGGGGCUUGGCCUUCCACAUCUUUGGUCACUGGUAGAUGGACUUGUUGAGAGAAGGGACUUUACUCAUUGUCCUCUUUGGAGGCAGAGACCCUCAAGUGUUUCUGGGAUAGGUUCCAACUCGAGGGACCCCAGCAGUGGUCAUUCGGUUCUCUGGGAUGCAACAAACCAAAACCAAACCAAACCUGUUGCUGUCAUGUCAGUUCCAACUCAUAACGACCCUACAGUGGAAUCAGAAUACUGAAUUUAAAAAAUCUCUCGUCUGUCAUACUGAGCACAGACUUCAGAGUCGUUUCUCUAAUAAACAUGUGAGUGUUUGCUAUGUCCAGUAUGGGAUUCUGAGAUGAGCAGAGGGAGCCCCUACCUUCCAGGAGUUGACUGUGUCCUCAGGGAUACUGACAGCAGCAGACAAAUCCACACGUGUAUAAAACAACAAAGGAGGCCUGGUGCCACAGUGGUUAAGCGCUCAGCUGCUAACUGAAAGAUUGGCAGUUUGAACCCCCUAGCCACUCCGUGGAAGAAAGAUGUGGCAGUCUGUUUCCAUAAAGAUUCCACAAACCAAAAUCCACGUUUUGUCAUUGAGUUGAUUCCAACUCAUAGCAACGCUACAAGACAGAGUAGGACCGCCCCAUAGGGUUUCCAAGGCUGUAAUCUUUAUGGAAGCAGACUGCCACAUCUUUCUCCCGCAGAGCGUCUGGAGGUUCACACUGCCAGUCUUUCAGUUAGCAGCCGAGUGCUUAACCACUGUACUACCGGCACUCCUUUCUAUAAAGACUGCAGCUUAACAAGCCAUAUGACGGAGUUCUGCUCUAUCCUGUAGGGUUUCUAUGAAUUGAAAUUGACUCGAUGGAAAUGAGUUUGGGUUUUUGUUUUUAUAGAGCAACGGAAUAAGAGCUGCAAGGGAGAGUAUGGAGGACCAUGUGUGAUAGGGGACCCCCUCUGGCCUGAGGCCCGGGGAGCUACCUUCAAGGGAUCAACGAAGAAGAGGGGGAGAAAGUUUCAGGGAGAGAGACUAGCAUGUGCAAAGGCCUUGAGGUGGAGUAAGCAUGGGGCCACUUUAUUCCAAAGCCAUGGAGUUUUAUUCUUUUGUUGGGUCCUCAGGUACGGUGGUCUGGCCUAUGGGAGUUGGAAGUGGCUCCUCUGGGUGGUGGCCGGGCAGGUGAUGGCUCUGCUUAGCUUGGCAGGGUGUCUGGGCUCAGCCUAAGUUGCAGCCUGAGGUCUGGGUGAGAGAAGUCCUCCUCUGGGCAUGAGGUGGGUGGCAGUUGGGAAACCUUGGCUGGGCACUCUCGGUGCCCUGGGUGCUGGGCAGGGCUGCGUCCUCCUGGAGGUGACAUGAGGCACCCAAAUAUCUACACCCUGGGCACCUUCACAUGCCUAGAGAGCCGUGGAAGCUUCCAGAGAGGCCGGAGGCUGGGUUGGCCCUGCUGGGCAUAUUCUGUGACCCAAGCCUUUGGGUUCAAUGGUUCUGAACCUAGGUGGGGACAAGGGUGGUUUCUGAGUGCUUGUGUGCCCAGCCCCCAGACGUGGACUUGGCCUCUGAGGGCCGGUGUGAUGCCCGGAGGCCUACUUCUGCAUUGUGGGUUCUGGAGCACGGCACAGAAGCAGCUCAGGAUGAGUGCCCGCUGCCCUACUCAUGGUGAAGCAACGAAGUUAUGGGGUCAGAGCGUGUCUCUGAGCAGCUUUCUCAUGUGCCUGGGUAAGGACACAGCCCAGUGGUCUGACUGCCCCGUGAUCCAGGGCUAUCUUCCUGUGGGGUGCCCAGUCCUGUUUUAGGGGUCAGUGGCAGACACUAGUAGAGCUGAUGAGCCGGCUCAAGAGCCUCAUGUGGCCACGUGGCCUGACAUUUCCAGAUCCUUCCUGAUGCAUGCACUCGUCUCCGGGCUCCGGGGCUGCGGUGGAUUUUUAGUGGGCUUGGCUCACUUUUAGCUUAAUCUGUCCCUUUGGAAAAUGGCCCAGCUUGGGCAGGAGACACUGAUGGGGCGGGUGCUUGGGGAGGGGCCGUGCUUAGGUUUACGUUCAAAAAGGAGCCACGGAAAAUGACCCACCAAAACUGUGACCCUGCCCUGCCCUCGGGUGCUCUGAAGGAGCUGGUGAGGGACACGUGGCUGGGGGUGGGGGUACCCCAUACUUGCAGCCCCUGAUGCCACCUCCACUCCCUCAUCCACAGCCGGGCUCUGAACACACAACCAUGUGUCUGUGUUCCCCCAAGCACCUGACAGGCUGUCUGUGACGUCGGUGUGAGGGGGCCCUUGUGAAACGCUGGGAGCCUGACAGUUUGGCCCCAGAAGUUGUUGACUUGGAGGAAUGUCCCAGGGACUUUUCAGUCACCUUUGCUGAUCUGGCCAUGAACAUAAUCUUUGGGAUGCACUGAGUUUUCGUCCAAAUGCCCUCAACUGAAUGAGGGUUAUGGGCAGACAAAGAAGUGAAUUCAUACUCCUGCUCUCUGCUCUCCCGUGUCUUACAGGAAGGAGCCUGACUUCUGGGCAGCACAAAUUAAGGGUGCUGGGUUGACCUUUGACCUGAAGAAACCUGGGGCCACCUCGCCUGUCCCAUCCUCACCCGGCAUGCCUGCCAUUGCUCCAGCUUGUCCUCACUGAGAUCUCUCUACCAACACUCCCUGCCGGCCCAGUUCCUGUGUGGAUGCCUGGACUGAGCUGAGACUUCUCCGGGGAAGAUGGCGGCCCUGCACACGACACCAGACGCCCCAGCCGCCCGGCUGGAGAGGGUCGAGGAUGGGUCGGAACGCAGCCCUGAUCAGCAGGAGGAGGACGAGGUAGAGGAGAUGGAAGAGGAGGAAGAGAUAGUGGUGGAAGACGAGCUGGCAGCAGAGGUGGAAGAGGAGGAGGAGGAGGAGGUGGCCAAGGAGCAGAGCCCAGUGUUGGGGACCCAGGAGCGACUGAGCGGAAGUGGUGAUGCCAGGUCCCCAGGGCUUCAGGAGACGGCCCUGCAGACCCCCCGGGUUCCAGCCAUCCCUGGGGAUGAGGACCUGGAGGAGGAGGAAGAUGAGGAAGAGGACGAGGGAGAGGAGGAGGAGGAAGCUGAGGACGAUUUCCUAACAGCUGGGUCACAGGGGCUGGUGACCUUUGAGGAUGUGGCUGUGUACUUCUCCCUGGAGGAAUGGGAGAGGCUGGACACAGGCCAGCGCGACCUCUACAGGGAUGUCAUGCAGGAGAACUAUGGGAUCCUGGUGUCCCUGGGAUACCCAAUCCCCAAGCCAGACCUAAUCUUCCGCCUGGAACAAGGAGAAGAACCGUGGGUCCCAGACAGCCCCCACCCUGAGGAGGGAGACAUUGUCACUGGUGUCUACACAGGGUCCUGGUACUGGACCGACGACAUGGAGGACCACGAGGAGGAAGACGAUGAGGACUUCCUGGCGGAGGUGGCGGAAGAGGAGAAUGAGCCCCCUGGUCUGUGGUCAGCGGCCUAUGGUGUGGGGGACGUGCCUGGGACGUGGGGCCCCGAUGACUCGGACUCGGCACAGACCCCAGAGAGGUGGGGGCCCGACCCGGGUGGCCUCGGGAUCCUGGCUGAUGGGACCGAGAUGAAGCCCUUCCUGGCCAGCCGGGAACCCAGCACGAACCUGCUGGCGCCCUGGGCCUUCCCGGCUGCAGUUGAUGCCCCAGCCCUGCGGCCCGAGACCACCUGUGACGUGUGCGGCAAAGUGUUCCCGCAUCGCUCGCGCUUGGCCAAGCACCAGCGCUACCACGCCGCCGUCAAGCCUUUUGGCUGCGAUGAGUGUGGCAAGGGCUUCGUCUACCGCUCGCACUUGGCCAUCCAUCAGCGCACGCACACCGGCGAGAAGCCCUUCCCGUGCCCGGACUGUGGCAAGCGAUUCGUCUACAAGUCACACCUGGUGACGCACCGGCGCAUCCACACGGGCGAGCGGCCCUACCGCUGCGCCUUCUGCGGCGCGGGCUUUGGCCGCCGCUCCUACCUGGUUACCCAUCAGCGCACACACACUGGCGAGCGGCCCUACCCGUGCCCGCACUGCGGCCGCAGCUUCAGCCAGAGCUCGGCGCUCGCGCGCCACCAGGCUGUGCACACCGCCGACCGGCCGCACUGCUGCCCCGACUGUGGACAGGCCUUCCGCCUCCGCGCGGACUUCCAGCGCCACCGUCGCGGCGGCGGCUGCGCCGAGCCCGGGGCCGACGGGCCACGACAGGAGCCCGUCGAGACGGCGGGGCUUGAGGAGACUGAGGCGGAGCCGGAGGGACCUGAGGCGGGCGAGGCCGAUGGGGACGGCGAGGCGCCGGAAGCGGCGAGCAGCCCCGAGCGAAAGGAGGCUUUGGAGCCGACGCGGCGAGGCCUGGAGCUGGGGAACGGCCUGAGUGAGGGCGAGGGCCCAUCCUCCCAUCCGCUCGGCUUCCACUUCCCCAUACACCCCAAGUCCUGGCUGCACCCCGACGGCUUCCCCAUGCUCGGCCUCCCGGACUUCAGGGAGCGGCUGUCGGCUGACGCGCGCGCCCUGCCGGGGCCCCUGGGCGGCCCACUCUCGCUGGUGGAGGGCGCGGGACUGGCCUGCGACCCCUUCGGCGGUGGGGGCCCCGGGGGCGGCGGCGGCCUGCGCGCUUUCGGGCCCGCCGUCGGGGGGCUGCUGGCCGAGCCGGCGCCCGCUGCGCUGCCUGAGGAGGAGAGCCCGUGGAUCUGCUCUGACUGUGGCAAGACGUUCGGGCGCCGCGCGGCGCUGGCCAAGCACCAGCGCUACCACGCCGGCGAGCGGCCGCACCGCUGCGCCGACUGCGGCAAGAGCUUCGUGUAUGGCUCACACCUGGCGCGUCACCGGCGCACGCACACGGGCGAGCGGCCCUUCCCGUGCCCCGAGUGCGGUGCACGUUUCGCCCGCGGCUCACACCUGGCGGCUCAUGUGCGCGGCCACACGGGCGAAAAGCCUUUCGUGUGCGGCGUGUGCGGCGCGGGCUUCAGCCGCCGGGCACACCUGACAGCGCACGGGCGCGCGCACACGGGCGAGCGGCCCUACGCGUGCGGCGAGUGCGGUAGGCGCUUCGGACAGAGCGCGGCGCUGACGCGGCACCAGUGGGCGCACGCCGAGGAGAAGCCGCACCGCUGCCCCGACUGCGGCAAGGGCUUCGGCCACAGCUCGGACUUCAAGCGGCAUCGGCGCACGCACACGGGCGAGAAGCCCUUCCGCUGCGCGGACUGCGGCCGCGGCUUCGCGCAGCGCUCCAACCUGGCCAAGCACCGGCGCGGUCACACGGGCGAGCGGCCCUUCCCGUGCCCCGAGUGCGGCAAGCGUUUCUCACAGCGCUCUGUGCUGGUCACGCACCAGCGCACGCACACGGGCGAGCGGCCCUACGCCUGUGGUCACUGCGGCCGCCGGUUCUCGCAGAGUUCACACCUACUCACACACAUGAAGACGCACCGCGGCGCGGCGGGAACGCCUGCCCAGGCGGUAGCGCCCAAGGCCGAGGCACACGCCAAGGUCCCGGGGCCAGGGCAGGCGGGCCCGAGCGCUGAGCCUGGGUCAGGGGAGCGCGGUAGCGCCCUGCGGGAGUUCGCAGGCGGGACGAGCUUCGGCUCUGAACAGCUCGCUGCUUUCCCAGGACCGUCGGGCACCUACGAGGAGACCACCCUGUGAGGGGCCAGAGGCCAACGAGGCGCACCCACUGGGCGGCCGGCGCGCAGGCCGGGGGCUCUGAGGUCCCAGCCCUGGGUGUGGUGCUUUCCCCUCAGCCCCCACCCCACGGCCUUGGGGCUGCCCUCCCGCCCUGGCCCUUGAAAGGGUUAGGGCGCCCGAGGUGGCAUGGCGGUGUAGGGGGCUCCAAGAGAGAAGAGCAGUAGGCCCUGGAGGGAAGGGAAGGGAUGGGGAGUGGCCACCCUGAGGACUGCAGCCUCCCCAGGGCUGUGCUGAGGCCAAACAGUGGGCACGGCAGGUGGUGGUAUUUUACCCCAUUGGACGUGGGUGGCCAGGGGCCAGGUGGCUUCUGAGUUUUACAGCAAGGGUGGGAAUCCCUUGCGUGGAGUGGAGGGUGGGGUAGUGGAAGGCAGAGCUGACAUCUGGGUCGCCAGUGGAUUGGGCUGACUACUUCGUCCCAUUCCUCAGUGGGCGGUUUCAGGGAUCCUCUGGUCAUUUAACAGUGUCCAGGAAGUGUUCAGAGUUGUGUGCAUGGCCGAUGGAAGCCUGGUAGUUCCCCCAAAGGAGGGUUUUCUCCCUCUGCAGGGGACAGAGAAAGGGCCAGGAAAGCUUUUAUUGUCAUCGUCCCCUGUGAGUAUUUAUUUCCACCUCUUGUAUGGCCUGAAGAACCUGGGAGGAGGAGAAAAAGCCAGAAACCAAAUUAGUAGCCCCGGGUGGAUGGGUUGCAGGUACUUUCUGGCCCGGAGCAGGUUUGAAGCCUUAUUCUCAGGAGUAGCUCACUCCUCACCCUACUGGGGCCCUGGGACCAGCCAGGCUCUGGUUAUACCAGCUCGAUUUUAAUCUAGGCUCCUUAGGUGCUUUGGUCCUCUGACCCCUGGGGGCUGGAGGGUACACACUGAGACCCUCUGGAAACUGGUGACACGUGGAUCGCCGCCCUUCUGCGCCCCAUGCUUUAGAGUUAAUAACAGAUUAAAGGGCUGAGGCGGGUCACAGGAUCUUUCCCCACAUUCCAUAAUUAGGGCCCCACGACUUCUACGGUCCCCUUCAGUCUACUUUUGCCGUUACAUUCUUCUAUCGUGUUUCUGUUUAGAUGACCACCUUAUAGGGUGGAAGACGGAGCCCCAGGCGCGUGGUACUGGUGGGCCUCCAGGGUGUGUCCUGAGCCCAUGCGCAGUAACCAAACAGAGCCCCCAGCUAUGCAAGGCCCUGCUCGGUGGGCACCCCACCCUCUGGGCAGCCUUUGGGAGCCUCUGGUAAGCAGCUGAGGCAGGGUCCUGUGAGACUCUACCCGUCAUACUUUUUGCAGGUCCAGGAUACAGUUGAAGCAAGUGCAUUCCCUUUUAGACCUGGUUCCUUCCGUUUGAGUGUAGGCAGGACCUUGGGGGCUGAGAGCCAGCAGACAGGCUGCAGGGGCUGGGGGCGGGUAGGAGGCUCGGUAGUGGUGGGUGGGAGUGGGCCUGGGUGGUGGUGGUAAGGAUUAGCUGUGCUGGGUGAAGUGGCAGUGUGGGUGGUGAGGAGGGCAGGGGCCCAGGAGGCAGUGGGGACGGUGGGUGAUGCUCUUUCUGCCCCAGAGGCAUUUCCAGCUCUCUUCCUCCACCAGUUUCUCAACUCUUCGAGUGGGACAGAAGCCUCAGAAAGGGCCCAGGGGAAGGAGGCUGGGUGGGCCAGGAGCUGGGGACCUUGGGUCUGGCCCUGUACUCAUCCUUCCUGGCACGCCCUGAGUGCAUGCCCUUGGUGCCCCUUGGGCGCAGCUUCUUCUGCCCUGCCGCUGUGGGCAGGAGGACCUAGCUUUAAUAAAGAGUGGAGAAACGAGCUUUCUGCCUGGAUUCCGUGUCGUUGCUGCUCUGCCUCGGUGCCCACCUGCCGUGGAGGGUCUGCAAGGCCUCAGGCCCUGUCAUCGUGUUUCUGCUAACACUGCAGGGCCAGGAUGGCCCAGGAGGAGUCAGGCCCAGGACAAGCUUUGGCCACAUGCAGACUGCAUCCCCCAAAUAUUUCUGGGAGUCACCAAAGGGUCCCCACACUGCCAUGUACUCCUUUAAGACUUGUACCAGUCUUGGGACCUUACUGUGUUUGGAAUCGUUUAACCAACCUUCCCUGUGCUAGAGGAGGGGCCUGGUCCUGGUGGUCCAGUUGAGUGCCUGGAUCACAGACCUUUCCCCUGAGGCCCCAACGCCCUGUGGCUUUAUCCAGGGCUCACCUGCUCCCUUGCCAGGGCAAGGUGCAAAUCCCCCAACCCCCCUAAAACCUACCUUUAAAUCGACUUGCUGGCCAUUUUAUUCUCACCAUGUCCUAUGAUCAAAUAAAACUUUCCCAGCCUUUCCACGUGGAUUUGGGAAACAUGAAGUAAAUGCUCUUUUCAAAUGUGACUUGGAAGCAUCAGAACAGAGCAACACAGUAUUUCAAUUUUUUGUUUUUGUUUAAAGUCUUUGGAGUGACAGACAGAUGUUAGGGCCUAGUUUAAAGAUGGUCAGCCCAAAGGAUCUUACAGUCUAACCAGAAAAGCUAAAUUAUUCCCAGAUCUUCUGAUUCUGUGGCCAAAUACUUUUUUAUUUUAGGGUGGGGGGAACCCAACCCUGAUGGUCAUAGAAAAAAAGGUAGAUACCCUUCCUAGUUUUGAGAGAACUUCCAAGUUUCCAGAGUCCUGACUCAUUCUGCAAAUGUCUAUUUAGCUCCUCCUUUUUUUUUUUUUUUAUCA